AUGGCGCCAGGGAAGAAAGCGGAGAUCGAUGCUAUGUUGGAUGUCUUGAGGGAAGAGGUGAACAAAAUCGGGGUGGUGGAACGUUCGAUGGAGGAUCUCAAGGAGAGUGUGAUGGAGAUCCGAAAUCGGAUGAGUGUGAUGGAACGUUUGGAGAAACGUUUGGACGAGACCGAGGAGACGAGAAAGAAGGAGUUUGCGGCGUUGUUCCAAGCAACGUUACAGAGCCAAAUGGAGGAAGAGAUCUCACCGCCGAUAAAACGUCCGGGGAAGCAGAUCGCGACCGAAGAGGAGGGUAGCGGUCUUUUUCGCGCCGGAACGUCGGGGUUUCGAUCGGAGUCUGUUACACGUAUGGGUGAGGCUAGACGCGAGCUGGAGAAUGAUGGACGUAAUCGCUCGCAGAGUCAUCAUGAUCUCCAGUGGCAGCAGAACGAGUUGGGGCCCGAUGAUCUGCCGAGGAAGCUGAAGAUUCCGAUCUUCGACGGGGAAAGCGCAGAAAGUUGGGUCCUACGCGUUGAGCAAUAUUUCGAAUUGGGUGAGUUCUCAGAGGAGCGGAAGCUGAGAGUGGUGAGGAUGUGCUUCGAUGGUGAGGCGUUGAUGUGGUACCGUUGGGAACGAGAUCGUAAUCCCUUUGUGAGUUGGGAUCAGAUGAAAUACCGAGUUCUGGAGCAAAUCUCGACUAACCACGAAACUACCGCUCGAGAGCGGUUGAUGACGUUGAAACAGGAGGGCACGGUGAGGGAGUAUAUCAAAGAUUUCAUCUCGCUGGCGUCGAACGCGCCGGAGCUCUCUGAUACGGUGCUGGAAACGGCGUUUAUGAUAGGGUUGAAACCUCAGAUCAAGGCGGGGGUGAAGUUGAUGGAGCCCCGGAGUCUGAGGAAAAUGAUGAGCGUGGCGAAACUCGUGGAGGAGUGGGUUAACUACGGCGAUCCUUCAACGGCGUCACAAACCAUGAAGGGAGCCAAAGGAGGUAGCCAAACGAUGUCAUCUUCUUUUCCAACGCGUAAUGGGCCUAAUCUGGGUAGUGGGUCGGGGUCUCAUAACAAUCAACGGCCCAAGACCUAUCAAGGGCAGGAGAAAAACGCGUUCGCUGAGAAGAAGCCGGCGAAUCAAAACUCAAAUUACAACGGGAGGAGCAGAACGCCAUUCCGUCGACUAUCACUGGCGGAGUAUGCGCGCUAUAAGGCGGAGGGCUUGUGCUUCCAAUGCGGCGAGAAAUCGCAUGCCAGGAGAGACUGUCCCAAUAAGGAGUUGAUGGUGUUGGUGGUACAAGAAGAAGAUGGCGAUGAGAAGGAUCAGGAGGAGGAAGCUGAGAAAGUCGAGGAGGAGGUGCCGGAAUUCGCAGAGUGUGCAGUCUUGUCCACGCGAUCGGCGAUGGGGAUAUCAUCACCUAAAACGAUCAAACUCCGAAGGUCUGUCCAAGAGGUUCAAGCUAUUGUGCUCAUCGACAGCGGGGCUACCCACAAUUUUAUCGAUUCCCGUCUGAUGAGAGAGUUGGGGCUCGUGGCUGAAGAAACACAAAGCUUUGGAGUGAUCACUGGAUCGGGGAAGCCGGUUAGAGGAGGAGGUAUAUGUAGGAAUGUCACAUUGACGAUGCAGGGAUAUUCGAUUACGACAGACUUCCUGCCUCUCGAUCUCAACAAUGUGGACAUCAUACUAGGAAUUCAAUGGCUCGAGACGUUGGGAGAGAUGAGAGUCAACUGGAAGCUGCAGACAUUGAAAAUCCCAAUGGAAGGAAAGUUGACAACGCUUCAAGGGGUCCCGGACCUUUGCAGCUCAGAGGUGUCUUUCAAAGCGGUGCGGAAGUUGUUGGAACAGACUGAAGUAAGUGUCGUUGUCGAGUGUAGGGUGUUACUCACGAAGGAGAAGGGUAAGCCAGGGGUUCCAACGACUAUGCAGAAGUUGCUGUCGCGGUAUGAGCAAGUGUUUGCUGAGCCACAAGGGCUGCCUCCUUCCAGAGGAAGAGAACACGAAGGCUCUUUCGAUACCCUCACGCGCAGAAAGAGGAGAUAG